AUGGUACACGUGAAAAAUAUUUUGGCAGACGACAGAUGUUUGCGUCUUGCUAUUAUCAGAGUAAUUUUUUUUAAAAUUAUUAUUUGUCUUACUAACGAAGAUGCAUUGUAUUACGCCGUUGUCUAAGUUUCAUAGCUAGACUAAUGUCGGAUAUUCUGCCGAGCCCGAGUCCCGUGCGGAGAGAGUAUCUGGGCUGGUGAACCGUGCGAGCACCGGGAACAGGGCAGGAUGAUGGAAGAGGUGCAGAACUUCAGUGAGCUGGAGGAAAUGGAGUUCUGCGACGGGAAGCCCACCGGGGAGAGGUGGCCGCCGGUCGGGGCCAACGCCUGCGACGAGGAGGUGGCGUGCUACUCGCAGGCCUCUCACGGAUUGUGUAUGGAAUCCCAAAGACUCAGAGACCUUGAAGAACAACAAGAAAUGCUCAACUCUUCUUUAAUAGCUUUGACGACACAUUUUGCUCAGGUUCAGUUCCGCUUGCGCCAGAUUGUUGAAGCAUCACCCAGUGAAAAGGAAAGUUUGCUCAAAGAUUUAGAAGCAUUUGCUUUUCGUGGAAUACCUGAAGUUCGAAAUGUCAGGCCGAAGUUGUAUUCAGAAUCACUUCCUGAAGGUGAGGACUUGGAAGAGAAGAUGCUUGAGCAGAGAUCCAAGCAGAAGGAGCUGAUCUCACAGUUGAAGUCGCAGCUGGAAGACUUGGAGAAGUACGCGUACGAAACAGGGGAGGCGGGACUACCUCAGUGCGUGAUACUGGAGCGCCAGAAAGUUAUUCUGGAUCAGUUAAAAGGAAAGCUUAAUCUCAAUGUUGAUGAUAUAGACAAAUUGACUGCAGAUGAACUACGCAAUCAAGUGGACUAUGCUGUUAGUCAGCUUGUAAAUCCACUAAAGGUAAAAGAACAUUUAGUAAUGCAGUUGAAGACACAAAUAACAGAUUUGGAAAGGUUUAUACAUUUUUUACAAGGUGAGACAACAUUCGAAGCAGAAGGGAAAAAGUGUACCUGCUCCUGCCACCAACAUUACAGUUCUGGUCUGAAGCCAGCCUUGACCGGGAAUAGUCAUGAGGAGAUCCGCAAAGAGACGGUGAACAUAAUGAGGAAAGCAUCUACAUUGCUGCAAAUGUUUGCCGCAGCUCAGUUUGGCUGUGGAGCCGACCACUUCCAGAAGAACCUGCUGAAGAGAACUGGCCGGGGACGACACUGGGGGGACCUGAGAGCCAGGCUGGAAGUCGCAGUGAACUACGUGCUGGAGCUGAUGUCUCGCACAGAGCGGAGCGUGCACACGGACUACAGCUCGGACUCGGAAGACGUGCCGGUCAUUGUGUGCGACGCCAAGCUUGCCCACGCAGUGAGGAAGCAGCUAGCCCUGAGCAUAAGGGACCUCAUGCAGCACGGCUUGAUGCCGAUAGGCCAGAGCGAGAGCGUCGUUCCGUUCGUGGGUUGCUUUGCGCACACACAGUCGCCUGUCAAAACGAUGCACGCCUGGGAGCUGGUGCUCAAGUACUACGAGCUGAAGAACGGGGAGCGCUUCAACUCGACCCCUGCGAGGACCUUGUCGCAGAGCUUCAAGCUGGACAUCGUGGGAGGAACUGCCAUUUCCAGCAAGCAGAAUUUGCUGAGUAUUAUUGGAAACAUCCUGACGACGCAUACACAGUACAAGAGAAGUUACGACUCGCAUUUCAAAGCGUUCGUGUGUGCUGCGCUAAACCAGAAGAAGCUGGUAACGUGGAUACGCCUGAUAUUGCACUGCCAGACAUUGCUUGAUUGGUAUUACCAGCCAUGGAGUUACGUGGUUAAAACAGGUUUUGAGGAUGGUUACGAGAGCCUGGAUAGGUUGACACACCUCAAGUUUGAACUGCCGGUGGAUCUUGCUGUUAGACAGUUCCAGAACAUCAAAGAUGCUUUCUAAUCUGGCCAGCAAGUUCACUUCAUGAACAUCGCAACUGUACCUGGGAGUUGAUAAUCUCUAUUGACUGAAAUUCCUUUGUUGUUCUACGAAAGUAACUAUUUAUACAUUCAAAACUUUUUCUCUAGUCAUACUUGAACCUCUGACCAAAGAUGUUGCAUUUAGUGUAAAUGAAGACUUCCCUAGAAUAAUUGUUUUACGUAAAAAAUGCAAAAAAAAAAAUUGGGCCAUAUAAAACUGAUCACUAUUUUUUACAAGACUUCCUCUGUAGUUAUGAUUUUAAGAAAGAUGUUUUUGCUAUUGCAUGAAAUCUUAUAGUUGCUGGAGGGUCCUUACCACUUUCUACACACACCACUUCGUUGUUCAGCUUAUUGGGCAACUACCACAUGUUACUUAGCCCAGAAUUGGUAAUUGAAAAUAGUGUGUCUCCACUUUACCAUGCUUUCAUCAUUAAGUACGUGUGCAUGCAAGAAUAUGAUACACAGUUAAAUGGUCAUUUGUCUUACAAUAUUGACAUGUAAUUGAUUUAUACAACAUUUAUUUACCACUAUUGCAUAUUUUUGUACAUAUAUAUUAAGGUUAUUUUUAGAGAUGGGUCGAUUCCAUAUUUUCUCGAUUCCGAUUCCGAUUCCAAAAAUGCUUUGAUUUCAGGUUUGGUUCCGAUUCCGAUUCCACCAAAAAAAUUGUCAUGUACCUAAUCAUUAAAGAACUUAAAGGAAAAAUACAAUAUACCAUGAUUCCAAACAAACUUCUAUUUCAAGACAAAGUUUUUAAUGCAAUUCUAAUGAGAACUCAGCUGCUUGUAUUAUGCUAAUUAAUUCAUAAGCAAUACAAGGUUAUAAUUUCAACAAUUUCUAGAAAUGAGAAUUCAGGUGUAUUUACAAAAGAAACUGAAAUAUUAAAACAGUAUAUAAAUCAAAAAUAGAAUCUUAUGGUACAUUAUGAAUUUCUUUUGAAAACAAAACCAAUCAGUUAAACACAUGAACAUAUUAAUGGAAUUAAUAAAACAUUAUUCUAAAUUUUUGUUCAGAAAUAUGAGCAAUUUUACAUGCUCUGGAUCAAGCCUGUUACGCUUCAUAUCACAAAUGUUUCCAGCAGUACUGAAAAGUCUUUCGCUGCUAACUGUCGAUGGUGGGAGGCACAAAUACUUUCUAGCAAGAACUUGAAGUGAAGAAAAAUUUGGCCUAGACUUCCAGUAGCUUGAAACACAGGAAUUGGUGACUACUUGUUCCUAAAAGUAGGUAUCACAUUCAUUCUUUGCAGACUCUAUCUCACUGGUAGCCUGACCAAACAGACUACUAUAUUGAGAUCAUAGGCCUGUUCGUCUUUCUUUCUUCUCAUCUGUUGGAGCAUUUUCUACAUAAAAUCAUUACUAUUUACAUUGUAAAAACCAUGUAUGGAAAAAGUCAUCACAUUAAAAAUUACAGGAAGUGUGUGUUUACUUACUCUUGACACAAAAACCAUGUUUGCUCCAGCUUCAAGAUUUGUUUUAGCUUCUUGUAACACAUAUUUGUUUUUGAAUGGUGCACCUUAAAAACGUGGGUUGAGUAGUGUGGCCAACUGAUAGAUUCUGUUUGUUUCGAUUCCUUUGAAUUGUGUUUAAAUGAGGCCAGGAGGUCAUUCUUUAGCCCUUGAAGGCCUGAACAAAAUUGAGCAGGUUUACUUAACUCAUGCUCAAUGAUGGUCAUAAGAGGGAUUACCUUAAAAAAAUAUUUAUAAUUAGGCUUAUACAUAGAUACAAACAAACACUGUAUAUUUUAAAUGGAAGAGAAAAACCAAUUCAUUAAUUAUAUUUCUUUAGAAGAAGUGAUGUGAAAGUAGCUAUAUUUUGCAGAUUGAAAUAUAAUUAUGUUAAGUUAAAUUAAAAACAAAAAUUAGCCUUACCUCUGACACACUUGCACUGGCUGAACUGACUUCCAGUGUGGCUGAAUCGAAAAUCUGCAGCACAACAAUUGUGUUUUCCAGAAGUUUCCAAUCAGAAGCAGAUAAUUCACAAGGUAGAUUCAGUUCUGCCGCUGCUAAAAGAAUAGCUAACUUCUGCUUAUUAAGUCUUUUAAACAUGUGGAGCGAUGAAUUCCACCUCGUUGGUUCAUCUUGAACAAGUCGAUGCUCUGGUACGACAACUUUCUGGCACUUUGUUAAAACUUUACAUGCUUUUGAAGAGUGCUUGAAAAAUCCAACAAUUCUUCUGCAUGUUGCUGUUAGAUUUGUAACAGUCUUGUUGGAGAAAAAGCCAUCCUUUAAAACAAGCUGAAGGGUGUGUGCAAAGCAUGAUACAUGCUGAAAUUCAGACAUUUCCAGCCCUGCACUGAUGUUACGCGCAUUGUCUCGGACAAUCGCAGUCACUUUUUCUUUUAAGCCCCACUCCUGCAAAGUUUGUGUGAUGAAACUACACAGAUGUUCCUUUGUGUGGCUUAUUUAAUUGAAUGGAAUAACUUCAAUGCACAAGCCUUUGGCAUUGAAAUCGUUAUCCAUAUAGUGCUCAGUAACACUCAUGUAAUCAACAUUUGCUGUUGAAGUACACAUGUCUGUGGUAACACAGAUUAACUCAACAUCUUUCAGUUGCCCUAUCACUCUCUCCUUCACAGUAUUAUACAUUUCGGGUAUAAUCUUGCUUGCAAAUGUCUUUCUACUUGGAAUGUUAUAUCUGGGUUCCAACUUGGAAACUAACCGACAGAAUCCUUUAUUCUCUACAACACUGAAAGGCUGACUGACUGUCUAUGCACAUCAUUUCACCUAUCAGUCUUGUGAUCUCUGCUGCUCUGGCAUCUCCAGGCUUGAAUUUGCUCUUUGCAUCAAACAAUGCUGGAAGAGUACUUUGCACAAAGCUUGCAGAUUUCUUACUUAUUUUUGGUUGUGUUGGACCAGAAAGAACAGUGGAAAUGGAUGAUGCAGAACAGGUGGUACUUAUAGAUGGUUCAGCAGCUGUUGAACAUUCUGGUUCACAUUUAGAAACGGCUUCGGUUCCACCCGCACAAUCACUGGAGUCCCCCAAAGCAAGAUACUUAUGUUGAGUCCGAAAAUGUUUUAAUAGUUUGGUUGUGGUCUUUGUUCGCCCACGAGAUAUUUUCGUGUUACAAUAAUUGCAUACUGAAAAUUUGUCAUCGAACGGAUAGAUUGUAAAAUGUUUCCACACUUCAGACAUGAUUUUUUAUUUCUAAUACACCAUUUCACGUGUGUUUCUGCAAAAACGAGUUAUAUACAUCACAGAAAUACGUGUACUGUAGACGUCAAAUAUAUAUUUGCAUUUGCAUAAUAAAACUACAAUAAAAGUUGGCUAAAUAGAUUUUACACACAUCAGUUGAAGAAAGACAUAUCAAGAGUUCAGUAAACUAAAAACUUUGCAUACAAUUUGGAAGAAAUCAUAGUUUUUCAAUUUUAUCUUGAACACUUCAUUACUUGGGUGUAUGGUAGUCACGAAAACAUUUCCUUUCGCGAGUCAGGCAAAGGUGCACUUUGCACUUCUGGCACAUGAUGUGAGACCUGAAUUUACUGUUACAUCUUGUGUUCUUACAUCUCGUAGGCUCUUUCUUCUGGUCAUGAAUGGGUAAAGGGUCAACGCUGUCCAGUUGAACAUUGGCACUAGGAGCUUUCUCCUUCUUGACCCGUGGAAUGUUGACAUUCAGUUCUAGCACAUCUUCCAACUUUCAGCAGACUAUAAACUACUUGAAAGCGAAAGGCCAACUGAUCCAAAAUCUUGUUUUUCGGGAUAUUGUUUCCCUUGCAGUCACGCUUGUAUUCCAGCCAGGCAUUUACCAUGGCCAUGUCCACGGCAUGGAAUGCAAUUCUCAGUGUCCACUUCUUCGAACGAAGACUGAUCCUGUAAAUACUCACAAAUCUGUCGUACAGGUCAACUCCACCAUGACUUGGUUGUACGAUUUUACGAUUUCAGGCCUACGAACUGGGAUAUAGGUUUUCGUGGCCUUUUCAUACCUGCGCAGUUCAUCUUCAGCCCCAAUACCCAAAAAAUUGGAAGCCAUUGUGACAGUUCUAUUAUCCAACCAUUUACAUAAUACUAAGUCAUGAUCAGUACUAACUAGUUCUUCAGUGUAACCCCUUACAUGAUUCUUUUUCAUGUUUUUGUCUGAUGUGAAUGGUGGGUUAGCAAAUCUAUUUUCACGAGUCGUUCCACCUGCGAAAAUAAUUUUUGAUUUUAGAAGUUGAAGAAGAUUGUAGGAAGUAAACAAGUUGUCAAAAAAGAGGAUGUGUCCUUGUAGUGCCAAUCUCUCCAUCAACUUGAGGACUACUGCCGAACCCAGACCAAAUUUUUUCUGAAUGCCAUUGUCAAAUCCAGUUGUACUACCUUGAUACAGCACGAAGUCGUAUGCUAAACCGGAUGUCCCACAAAGCACAAAAUUUUUUUAUUCCCCAUGGAUUAUGUUUUCCCUUUACAUAUUGCUUCACACCAAGUUUCCCAGUGAAGGGAAUCAUUUGUUCGUCUACAGCAAUUUCACGCUCAACAUGAAACUAUAAACGACGACUUCAAACAAUAUCAAAAAUUGGCCUUACUUUCCAAAAAAAACGUCAGUGCAUCCGUCUGGUUUUUCUAAAUUAUUUACAAAAUGCAAAUUGGUUCGUAGUUGGAAAAAACGAUCCGUCGUUAUAUUCUCUUGGAACAAUCCCAGGCCUAACACAGACUCCCAGUACAUGCGGAUCUUAGGGAAGUUCAGGCAUCCUGUAGCUAUGUGAAGUGCAAAUAAAAUUUCUACUUCAACUGCUGUCGCAGGCUUGAAUUCUGUUGCACCUGUUUGAAGCACAUAUAUAUUGGUGAACGUGGCUGCCUUCUUAUAAAAGUCCAGUGGUAUGUACCUUUGGAAGUACUCGUAGGGCUCUAAAACAGGUUCUGGAACUUGAGUUUGAAAUUCUGGUCGUUCUCGGGUGGUAAAAAUUCCCCUUCGCCAUGUUAUAUUUUGUUUUGCUGUUGUCAACUCCAACAUAUCUCUAAUAUCGUCAUGAACAUCUUCACCUGCAACCUCUUCUACAUUCUGUACAUCUAACACUGCAAUGUUCUCAUCAUCCUCUAUAACCUCUUCUUCGCUAUCUUCGUUGACUACAGCUGUUUCGUCAAUCACAGGAUCAUCUUCUUCUCCACUUAGCCCUUCAACAUCAGACACAUCACCACUCUCAAUCAAAUCUAAUAUUUGUGAUGCAGUUAACUUCUUGGGAGCCAUAAUCAAUCACAAUAUACUUAUCGUCUCAAGUACACAAUAAACAAAUAUAACCUACAGGCUGCUAAGUGCCAAAUGUUACAAAUUGCAGCUGAGACCGAAUGUACUUGAUAGUGUAUAUAAUAUUUCACUUGUGUCAAAUAACAAAAAUAUAUUUUCUGGGAUCAUAAGCUUAUUUAGUUAAUAAAUCAUAUACCUAAUAAACCAAAUAAACAAAGCCAACAAGUAAUAAUUUGAAAAGAAUGAAAGAAUAUUGUUUACCAACAAAACAGUGCAACUACAAGGAUGUUACCAUAGCUGCAAGCACCCAAACAAAUGUUGAUACUAUUUUUAUUUAUUUCCAUAGACAGUAUCAAUAAAUGGACUAGCUCAAUGAUACAUGUACGGUAUAGUGUACAUUUGGUCUGAAUUCAUGGAAAUUUUUCAAAUGUGUGUUUCAACUGUUUAAAGAUAUAUGUACACUAAUCUGUACAUUCAGACUGAGAAGGUGUUAUUAGUUAAAAGGUGUUUGGGUCCGAGGAGGUAUAACUAUUUCGUAAUUUACAGAAUUUUGAAAUCAAAGUGCAAGGUGAGUUACGCAAAUAUUGUGACAAUAUUCUGGCCGAAAAAUACGGUAAUUUUAGCAGGAAUCGCUGGUUUCAUUCAGGAAAAAACUUUUUUUCUUCUUAAUUAUUAAGAGUGCUUAGUACCAUACUAAAUAUGAUACGAUUCCUUGAAACUUGGCGGAAGAAUCGACAGUUCUGAUUCCUGGCAGAAUCGGUGGAAUCGAAGCACCGAAGAAUCGACACGCCCAUCCCUAGUUAUUUCUUCUAAAACUAUAUAUAGUUCUGUGUCAAGUAUUACUGUUUGAGCUCUGUUUAUUAUUUAUCAGAGGGUGGCAUUAAUUAGAUGUCUUUGGCAAGAAUGCAUUUGUGAGCACUUAUAUACAGUAUUUUGAGUUUUUAACUAUUUUAUCUUAAGAUGAGGUAGGAUGAAUUAAAACAUGUAUCAAUCAAUGAGUACCAUAAUUUUAAGAGAAAUCAUACAUGUAUGCAUGUGUUACAGUUAGAGAAAUAUGUUUUCUGUUAUCCAAUAAUUUCCAUAAAACACUAGUUAGCAUUUUUAUUAUAAAUGGGCCAGUAAAAUCCUCCAAUACCAUUUGGGAUUUUUGUAACUAUCCUAAUACUGUUCCCCAAUUUAGUGUCCUUUUUGUUAGCAUAUGGAAUAAUGAUGCUAUUUAGAAAAAUGUAUUAUCAACUUUACAGUUUACUUCAUAAUAGUACACAGACAUCAUCUCUUUGCGGAAACAACAGAAGUUGCAUAUAACAACCAACUAAAUGUGCACACCUAGAUUCAGAAAUAUAAAUUUACAUUCCUAAUACUUUUAAUACAUAAUGAUAUUAAUAAUUUACAAAAUGAUUUGAGUAGGGAAACUUACCUAGUACCUGGAAAUAACUUUUAAGAAAUCAAAUGUUUCAACAUAAUAGUUUUUUUAAAUUUUAUUUCUUGUGCAUUUUUUUUUAAAACACUUAAGACCAAAAUUGGAUUUGAGAUGAUGAUUCAAAGAUAUUCAUUGUGAUUCGUAUUUCAGAUUCAGAAUCAAGAAAGUUGGAAUCCAACCCAUCACCAUUUUCUUUAUAUAAAAUGAAACCUAGAAAGUAGUUACAUAGUACUUAAUUUUAAAACUAAUGCUGCUAUAACAUGUCACUUUAGUGUCUUUUUUUUUCUGAUAGUUCUUGCUCGAAGGCACAUGAUGGCCUUAUUACAUAGCAAGUGAUUACUUCGUUCAAAAUAUGAUAAUGUUAGAAGUUGUAACAAAAAAUAUAAGCAUUUCAGUAUUGUCACUUUUGAAGGUCUGUGGUGAUGAAGUUAAUUUAUUUUUUUCUCUUAGUUAAUUACAAACACUGAUGACAGACUGUGGCAGAAGGAUAUGUAGUCCAUUGGUAUUACUUUCGUUCCCUACUUUGUUUAUUGAAUUUUUUUUUUCCCCCAUUUCUUUGGCCAGUCGAAGAGUGAAUGCUCUGAGCACUUGCAACACUUAUGACUCAAUCGCUAUGACACUCUGAGCACUUGCCAUCGUGGAAUUGCUCACAAGCAGGAGCAGACAACCAGAAAUUGAACUAAAUUUUUAGAGGACAAGUGAGAUUAAUAGCAAUUUAACUGGGAAAAAGAUACUUAAUUGUUUAAGAUCCAAAAUAACCUCAAAUCAUUACAAUUAGGGAUGAACUGGUCAAACCAUCACUAUUCAAAAGAUUCUAUAUUCUAGGAAAAUAUUCCAAGAAAAUUAUUGGAGAAAUUUAGUAAAUUUAAACAAAAAAACACUGAUAAGUUUGAAGUAUACUAGGCCUAUUCUAUUAGUGUUUGCCAAGAUAUUAAACAUUUGAUAUGUAACUAUAUAAAUAAAAUUAGAUUAUUUAUUCAUUUUGAAAUAUUAGUAAAUUAAACAAUUAAGGAGUUUAAUGUUUUAUCACCUUAUUUAUUUUCCAUUUCUUGUACAUUAUUUUAUUGUUGACCCUUGACACCUAGAUUCAGAUUCAAGAGGUAUAUAUCUGAGGUACUCUUAUGGAUUCUGAUUUGAGAUUCGAAUCCGAGAAAAUUGGGAUCCGACCCAUUACUAAUUAAGCAGAAACUUAGUUGUAACAUCUGCAAUUGUUGGCCUCAGCUUAUUAGAUUUGUAUGAAAAAUUAUUAUUCAGAUGUUAUAAUGUUAUGGUGCAGCAUGCAUAUAAGGUGUUUAUAAUAAUUACUUUUAUCAACUAUCUUAAAUUAUCUCCAAGUAUGUGCAGAUGUAUUUAUAGGACAGGGUCACAUUGUCAUUGUGUUGUAUGUUAACAUCUUGUGUUUUAACAUUGCUGUACUGUAACUUUUAAACCCAAAGCCACAUUUGUACAAUAUUAAUUUUUUUUAAAUUAUAUUAUAAAAUAUCAAUUAAAAUUUUACUUGCCAAAACCCAGUGUAUUUAACGCUCAAGAUUUAUGACAAAACAUGUGAUUACAAGUCUGAUCAUAACCCAAUGUAAUAAAAAAUUAUUAAGACCUAAGGUUUGACAGAAUACUUAGUUUUUUUUUAUUAGUUUGUAUAUACUGUAUUUUGUGUGGAAAUAAGAGCCAAAAACAAAAUAUAAGUCAAAACAUAUACCAUUCAAUGUUUUUUAAUGCAUUGUUUCCUCCCACUUCAUAAUAUAAAACUUGUAAAAAUAUAUAUAUGUAGGUACAUUUUAUGCCAACAGAUUAUGUUUUGAAUGUUCUGUGACUGUAUCACAAUGCAAAGCACUGUGUUCUAGGGAAGUCUUCAAGUGUAUUUGUUUUGUUUUUAAUUUUUGGAAGAUUGUUUUGGAGUUUGUUUUAAUCACGAUGGUUUGUGUUUGUCAGAAAAUAUAUAUACUUGUGCUGCACAUA